CGCUUUUUGAUGACGUUAGCAGCUUCCGCUACUGUCACCGUUUACUUGCAGGGGCUUGCUGCUGCUGGACGAGAGCGAGGGGGAGGAGGACAAGAGGGUAGCAGGAUUUAACUCCUGAGUUCCCGGUGUUAUCCUCUACAUGUUGUUGUACCAUCUAGAGAUGCUCAGCUAGAAGACUGUGAACUUUACUUGAUAUCUUAAGCUCUCUGGCACAAUGUCCUCAAAUCAUCUGUCCUUAAAAACAGUGGCUUCUCAAGUGCCUUUUGCAGAUCUCUGUAGUACUUUAGAAAGAAUUCAAAAAUGCAAGAACAGAACGGAGAAAACAAAAAUUUUAAAACAAUUUAUUGACUCUUGGAGAAAAUUCCAUUCUGCCCUUCACAAGAAUGACCCUACAACUACAGAUUCUUUUUAUCCAGCUAUGCGACUUAUUUUACCACAGUUAGAAAGAGAGCGGAUGGCUUAUGGUAUAAAAGAAACUUUACUUGCCAAACUAUAUAUAAAAGUUCUUGGUUUACCCAAAGAUGGCAAAGAUGCUCUUAAACUUUUAAAUUAUAGGACUCCUACUGGCUCCAAUUCAGAUGCAGGAGACUUUGCCUCGAUUGCAUACUUUGUUCUUAAAUCACGUUGCCGAAAAGACGGAACUUUGUUCAUAAAGGAUGUGAAUGACCAAUUAGAUUCAAUCGCAAGCAACAAUGCAGGCAGGAAAAAGGAACUUAUAGAGAAAAGUCUGCUGCAUUUGAUUGCAAACACCACCGCUCUGGAACAGAAGUGGCUUAUAAGAAUGAUUAUAAAGGACAUGAAACUUGGGUUCAGCCAGCAAACUGUCUUCUCUAUCUUUCACUCAGAUGCUGCAGAACUACAUAAUGUCACUACAGAUUUAGAAAAAGUAUGUUUACAGCUACAUGACCCCAGCGUGUGCCUUAGCGAUGUCUCUAUCUCACUAUUUUCUGCUUUCAAACCAAUGCUUGCUGCAAUCGCUAACCUUCAGCACAUAGAAAAACAGAUGAACCACCAGAGUUUUUUUAUUGAGACAAAGCUUGAUGGUGAGAGGAUGCAGAUGCACAAGGAUGGUGAUGUUUAUAAAUACUUUUCACGGAAUGGGUAUGAUUACACACAGCAGUUUGGUGGUUCCCCCCUUGACGGUACCUUAACGCCAUUUAUUCAUAAUGUCUUUCGUAUAGAUGUGCAAAACUGCAUACUUGACGGUGAGAUGAUGGCCUACAAUCCCAAUACUCAGACUUUUAUGCAAAAAGGUAACAAGUUUGACAUCAAAAGGAUGGUUGAUGAUUCAGAACUUCAGACUUGUUUCUGCAUCUUUGACAUUUUGUUGUUUAAUGACCAGAAGUUAGCCCAUGAAACACUUAGAAAAAGAUAUGAUAUCCUUUGUGAUAUAUUUACACCAAUUCCUGGAAGGAUUCAUGUAGUUCAUAAAGCCGAAGCCAGUACCAGAAAGAAUGUUGUUGAUGCUCUAAAUGAAGCAAUUGAUAAUCGUGAGGAAGGAAUUAUGGUUAAAGACCCCAUGUCCAUUUAUAAGCCAGAUAAACGUGGAGAAGGCUGGUUAAAGAUUAAACCUGAAUAUGUUAAUGGCCUUAUGGAUGAAUUAGAUCUUUUAAUCAUUGGGGGGUACUGGGGCAAGGGUCUCCGUGGUGGUAUGAUGUCACAUUUUUUGUGUGCAGUGGCAGAGAAACCACCUCCGGGGGAGAAGCCAACUGUGUUUCAUUCGGUUUGUCGCAUUGGCUCUGGGUACACCAUGAAAGAAUUAUAUGACUUAGGUUUAAAACUGGCUCCCCACUGGAAGCGCUAUCGAAAGAAGGAUCCACCCUCAAAUCUUUUGUGUGGGACUGAAAAACCAGAAGUGUUUAUUGAGCCUUGUAAUUCUGUUAUUGUCCAAGUAAAGGCAGCCGAGAUUGUUUCCAGUGAUAUGUACAAAGCUAAUUGUACUCUUCGGUUUCCUCGCAUUGAAAAGAUUAGAGACGACAAGGAAUGGUAUGAUUGCAUGACACUCGAUGACUUAGAAGCGUUUAGAGAAAAAGCUUCUGGGAAAUUAGCUUCAAAACACUUGGAUGUCAGUGAUGAGCCACCAGAAAAGAAACGAAAAACUAUCCCAAAGAUGCGGAAAGUAAUUGGUGUGGUUUCUCAUUUAAAAGCACCCGAUCUUUCCAACAUCUCAAAGCAGUCAAAUAUGUUUGAAGAUGUUGAGUUCUGUGUGAUGAGCGGAACAGAUAAACACGCGAAAGCAGAUUUAGAGAGCAUGAUAGCUGCUUGUGGUGGCAUAGUAGUGCAAAAUCCCGGAGAAGACACUUAUUGCGUUAUUGUAGGAACUACAAAUGUCAGAGUGAAAAAUAUUAUCUCAUCGAAUAAGCAUGAUGUUGUUAGAGCAGCUUGGCUUCUUGAGUGCUUUGAAAAUAAAACCUUUGUACCUUGGCAACCUAUCCAUAUGAUUCAUAUGUGUCAAUCCACCAAGGAACAUUUUGCUUGUGAAUAUGACUGCUAUGGUGACAGUCAUGUCACAGAUACUAAUGAAGCUGAGCUUAAGGACCUGUUUACCAGAAUGCCUGACACAAAGGAAAAAAUCCCACUGGACAUGAUUGCUGACCUGGAGCAACGCUAUUCAUGGGAAAGCUCAAAUAGUCUCUUCCGUCAGUGUGUUGUAUAUAUAGAUAUGUUUACAGUCCUUAAUGACCCAAACACCAAAAUUGAAAAUUCUGCUUUGAGGAUAAGAGCAUUGGAGUUACGUUUUUAUGGAGCAAAAGUAGUAAGCCUUCUUAAAGAAGGAGUUUCACAUGUUCUUGUAGGUGAUGACUUGUCUCGUUUAGCAGAAAUUAAGAGUCUGAGAAGGACAUUUAGCAGAAAAUUUAAGAUUGUUCCAGUUUUGUGGGUUGUUAAUUCACUUAAAAUGGAAACCCUCCAAAUGGAACAAGAUUAUUUAUUGUAAAUCAAAUUUUAAGUGUGUGUGUGUGUGUGUGUGUGUGUGUUUUUUUUUAAAUGUGUGUUAAAGAAAUUGUUCCACAAUGGACAUUAUAACCUAUCCACAUGAUGGAUGGUAAAUGGUUGAAGGGGUACUCUGGUGAAAAACCUUUUUUUUUUAAUUUUUUUUAUUUUUUUUUAUAUCAACUGGUACCAGAACGUUAAACAGAUUUUUAAAUUCUAUUAAAAAUCUGACCCCUUUCAGUACUCAUCAGCCGCUGUAUGCAACACAGGAAGUUUUUUCUUUUUUAAUUUAUUUUCUGUCAGGCCACAGUGCUCUCUGCUGACACCUCUGUCCGUCUCAGGAACUUCCAAGAGCAGGAGAAAAUCCCCAUAGCAAGCCUAUCCAGCUCUGGACAGUUCCUGAGACAGGUGUCAGCAGAGAGCACUGUGGUCAGACAACAAAGAAAUUUAGAAAGAAAAGCACUUCCUGUGGGGCAUACAGCAGCUAAGUACUGGAAGGGUUAAGAUUUUUAAAUAGAAAUAACUUGACAAAUCUGUUUAACUUUCUGGCAAAAAUUGAUAAAAAAAAAUACUUUUUUUUUCAUUGGAGUACCCCUUUUAAUCCUUGAGCAACUUCUACUGAAACCUUGAAAUGGAGCUCCUAAGUCCCUUGUUCCUCAUUGCAGCAUGACUGCAGUGAAGAUUAGUUUCAGCGGAGCUCCAUUCACUGUUUAUGAGGUUGAUGAGAACCGCUAAGCACUUUAGUGCUUCAUUGGGGGGUGGGGGUCUCACCAAUGGGGCCCACAGCAAUCUGACAUUUAUCACCUAUCUCCUGGAAAGGUUAUAAAUGUCCAGUGUGGGACAAUGCCUGAACCAAAUUAUUUUUGUCUAGGUUUUAUUUAUACAUUGAUUACAUAUUUAAAUAUAUUCUUAAUGUUUAGAUUUUAUUGUCUAUAUUUUUAUAUUUUUGAAGUUCUAUCAGUUUUAAAGGUUCUUUAAAGGGUACCUUCGUUUACAAAUAAAUCCUAAUAUGUAAAUCCACUUUGUAAUAUAAAUUUGAGGGCUCUAUCUCUUCCUUUAAUGAUAUUCUAUAUAAGGAUAGCGUAGUUAUUAUAUAGUUGUGUAGUGGGGGAGGUUUUUUAAUUUUAUUAAUGGAAACCCUUUUAAGGCUGUGUUCACACGCUUUAUUACUGUGUACCAAAAUUGCAGUAAGAAAGGAGAUGUUUUAACUGAGAUUUCACAAUCUCUUUAAAAGCUUGACAUUUGUACUGUGAUUUUGUUUUUGUUCGUCUUUU